AUUCAAAAGCCAGUCAGUCCCUCUAAAGCGUCUAGUACGACUGUCCCUCUUCUCCAGAGCUGCAUUGACGUCGUCCGGCACGACAGAAGCUAAUCAGACAUGUCGGCCUUCAGUCGCAACCUGUGCAGUACCGCUUCACGAAGCCUUCGAUCGCGAGCCAGCGUUGUCACCAGAGCCACCAGGCCGAUUGCUCUCCGUGCUUUUCCCUCGCUGCCAGUAACCUCCAGAGCAAUAGCUGCGUCGUCAUUCUCCACCAUGACAACCCUCAAGAGCGAAGUGAAGCAGUCGCUCGCCAAGCGCGAGUAUGAUCCCGAAAUCAAGGACAUGGCCAGCUACAUCCACAACACUCCCAUCGAUUCAGAGCUCGCGUAUGACACGGCUCGCUGGGUGUUUAUCGACACGCUGGGGUGUGGUCUCGAGGGUCUGCGUUUCGAGCAAUGCAGGAACAUUCUGGGUCCUGUCGUCGAGGGAACAGUUGUUCCCAAUGGCACAAAGGUGCCCGGUACCAACUACCAGCUUGAUCCUAUCAAUGGUGCCUUCAACAUUGGUGCCAUGAUCCGCUGGCUCGACUUCAACGACUGCUGGCUAGCUGCCGAGUGGGGCCACCCCUCUGACAAUCUGGGUGCUAUUCUUGCAACUGCCGACUGGAUCACUCGUACGAACAAGGCGGGAGGCAAUCUCGGCAAUGGAAAGAUCUUCAAGGUCAGAGAUGUGCUCGAAGCCAUGAUCAGGGCGCACGAGAUUCAGGGAUGCAUGGCUUUGGAGAACUCCUUCAACAAGGUCGGACUGGAUCACGUCAUUCUCGUCAAGCUUGCGUCGACCGCUGUCGUAUCCAAGAUGAUGGGCCUCAACGAGGCUCAGACGCGUGACGCUAUCUCGCAGGCCUUUGUCGAUGGCCAGUCAAUGCGCACGUACAGGCACUCGCCGAACACCAUGUCUCGCAAGUCGUGGGCUGCUGGUGACGCUUGCCAGACGGCCGUCAACCUCGUGCUCAAGGUCAUGAAGGGGGAGCCAGGUCUCCCCACUGUGCUCUCAGCCCCUACCUGGGGUUUCUACGACGUCAACUUUGGUGGAAAGCCAUUCACCUUCCAAAGGGGCUACGGCAGCUACGUCAUGGAGAACGUGCUCUUCAAGGUCUCGUAUCCUGCUGAGUUCCACUCCCAAACCGCCGUCGAAGCCGCCCAGCGCCUCAACAAGAAGCUAAAGGCCAUGGGUAAGACCGCAGAAGACAUUGAACACGUGGUAAACCGGACACACGAAGCUUGCAUACGGAUCAUCGAUAAGCAGUUCAAGCCAAUGGAGAAUUUCGCAGAUCGUGAUCACUGCGUUCAGUACAUGGUAGCCACCAUGUUCGUCUUCAACCGCCUCGAAGCCACCGACUAUCCAGAUGAUAGCGAAGCUGCGACUUCAGCGCUAGUUGAGUCGUUGCGACAGCGAAUUAGCUGUGUCGAGGACCCCCAAUUCACAAAAGACUACCACGACCCAGAAAAGCGGACCAUCUCUAAUGCGCUCACUGUCACGCUCAAGGAUGGCACAGUACUGGAAGAGGAAGUAGUUGAGGCUCCUCUUGGCCACCGUCUGCGACGUGAAGAGGCCAAGCCUGAGAUUCUCGCUAAAUACAAGAGGCACCUCGGUCCGCAUUACCCGGCGGACCACGUCGACAAACUCGUCACUUUGGCCCAAGACGGUAAGACACUUGACAACAUGGACAUCGACGAGUACGUCGAUCUGUACGUGAAGAACUAGAGAUUAAGCCUCGGUUCCGCAAUCAUAGCUAGAUUAAGAGACUUUGUCGUAGGGCAUCUUGGCACAAGCUGACGAAAUAGCCUUGUCGCCAAUACAGCCAAAUGCAGCCUCAGGCUCUGCGCCUCAGUAUAUUUUCUGCUCUGCACGUCCCUGUCGCUUGCGCCUGGUAGUCACGUUGAAACGUCACACAUGAACGCCGCAUUGACCAUGUCAUAUAGUUUUGC